AUGCAACCACACAAGGUUAAUGCUGAUGAACUGGAAAUGAAUGAGAAUGCAGAUUUUCUGUACUUUGAUUUCGAAACUUAUGUUCAGGAGGACGGAACUCUGAUACCAAAUCUAGCGGUGGUACAGGAUGACAACGGCAGCGAGUGGGUCUUCCCUGAAGAAGAUGUUCCUCUCAGCGGUGAUGUCACAAACGAGUUGUGCACAUUUUUGUUUAGUGAAAGACACCGGGACCAUUUCAUUAUAGCGCAUAAUUUCAAGUCUUUUGAUGGAUACUUCAUUCUCAAUUGGCUGCUGAAAAAUGGUGUCGUUCCGAAAGUUAUUCUAAACGGUGGGAAAAUACUACAGCUCGACGUGCCUCAGCUCAACAUCCGGUUCCGAGACAGCAUCAAUUAUAAUCCCCAAAGCUUAGCAAAGUGGCCAGCAACGUUUGGCUUACCAGAAAUUAGCAAAGGAACGUUCCCGCACCGGUUUAACCGGAAAGAAAACUGGGACCAAGUGGUUCCCUUCCCGACAAUGGAAGAGUACGGGUACCAAGGUAUGAAUAGCAAAGCAAAGGAGUCCUUCCAACGAUGGUACGAAAAAGAAAAACAGGAAAAGAAUAACUUAUUCGAUUUUCGCAAGGAAUUUGUUGAAUACUGCAAGAUGGACGUCACGGUUCUCCGCUUAUGCUGCCAACAAUUUCGAAAGCUUUUUCAAGAGAUAAGUCAAGGUCUGUGCCCGUUUGUGUCUUCCUUAACUAUUGCCGGUCUAUGCAAUCGAUACUGGCGAUCUUUCAUGUUGAAACCUGAACAAAUUGGAUUACUGCCACAUGGACUGAACGCUCGCAAUCGCCACCAAUCGGUUAAGGCCAAGAAAUGGUUAUCGUGGGUCGAAGAAGAUACGAACCGUUCUGUGCAGUCCGUAAUCAACAGUUCCGAGUACAGGGUGGGACCCUACUAUGUUGAUGGUUACAGUCAAGAUAUCAACAUGGUGUACGAAUUCUACGGCUGCCGGUUUCACGGUUGUCCAAAGUGUGUGGCGCCGACAACGAUGCAUCCGUUCCGGAACCUCCCAAUGUCCGAUAUUUACAAAGAAACUAUGGACCGUGAAGAUUACAUACGAAGCCAAGGAUAUAGUGUCACCUGCAUCUGGGAGCACGACUUUGACGAAGAGCUAAAGUCUAAUCCUGAAAUGAGAGCAUUUGUUUCGCGAUUGCACUUUGGCGAGCGCUUGGACCCGCGCGAUGCUUUUUACGGAGGAAGAACCAACGCUGUUAAGCUCUUUCAUCAAGUAGCUGCAGACGAGCAGAUUUGCUACUUCGACGUCAAUAGCGAGUAUCCAUUCGUCAACAAGAACAGGCGCUAUCCAGUUGGACAUCCCACCAUAAUUACAAAGAAUUUCCAGGAUAUACGUUCUUAUUUCGGUGUUGUUUCGUGUGAAGUUUUACCACCUGGAGAUCUUCAAUAUCCUGUUCUACCCUAUCGUUCUUGUGGUAAGCUGACCUUUCCGUUGUGCCGCACGUGUAUGGAAAAACAUUUGAACAACAAGUGUCAGCAUGCUGACUGUGAACGUACUAUUACCGGCACCUGGUGCACGCCAGAGAUUCAAAAAGCUUUGGACAAUGGCUACAGUAUCGUAAGGAUUUUUGAAGUUUGGCACUUUGACAAGCACGAAGAUCGGUUGUUUGAAAACUACAUUAAUCAGUUCCUCAAACUAAAGACUGAAGCCAGCGGUUGGCCAGCAGAAGUUCAAAGCGAGACAGAAAAGCGCAAAUACAUCCAGGACUUUAAGGACCAUGAAAACAUCGACUUGGAGUACGACAAAGUUAAUCCGAAUCCUGGUUUAAGAGCGUUAGCCAAGUUAUGUUUGAACAGGUAA